AUGGUAAACAUAGCAGACUUGGUUUGGAUUCUUCUGGCAAUUGGUGUCAUCGCUUGUAUCGGCUCGAUACUUUUCUUCGGUUUUCGUCAGCGACAAAGCCGAUUGAAUGAUGAUACAGCAUCGUUGAGUCCAAAUAAUAGUGAUGAAUCUUUCAACUCAGAGGCGAGUGAAUCUGGUGAAAUACCACAACAACCAAAAUCUUCUGCUAAUCCUUCGUUCAUGUGGUGGGAUCAAAAAGGUCCUACAGCAUAG